AUGACUACCCAGACUACGGGUCAGCAACUACCUCACUCCACUGCUUCGGCAACAGUGCCUCAAAGCGUUCUUUCGCUACCUCACGUUGUUCGGACCCAGCACGGGAAGGUCUUGAGGCCUCAACAUGAUCCUCGAGCAUUCAUUGAGAACGAGUUGGAUGUCAGCAUUCUAGACGGACUCGAACGCUGGCUCUGGCUUGCUGGCAGAGUCGACAACAUCCGACCUUUACACCACCAGCGAUUGCUUCGUCGAGAAAUUGUGCUGACCGAGCGUUCAAAGGCGCAUCUGCUAUGGACAGAGAACAGGAUUUUUCUCAAGCCGCUCCCUGCUUGGUUGCUUGACACCAAUUUCGUACAGGACAAUGUACCAAAAGACGCUCCUUGCCUGAAACAGGCAAAGGGUUUCCUUCGCAGCUAUCUCCUCCUCCUGCAGUAUGAAAGCGAUUUUAUGCUGGCCAAAGAACUCCACCUUAUACCCGAAGAGCUGGCCUGGAAAAAUUGGCUCGACAUUGUCGAAAAGCACGCCCACCUGCUCUUGGAAGGUAGGCAUGCCAGAAGUCCACGGUACCACUACGGCGAGCUACGAUUGUACCGUGUCAAUCUUCUCUACAGAUUCCUGCCACCAUUCCAUGCCGACCGAUUCUUUCGUGGAUAUCUUUAUGGACAUGCCAACUACAAAGGCUUUAUACAGCGCAACUUCGCCUGGCUGUUGGUGGCCUUCUUGUACAUCACAAUAGUUCUGACGGCGAUGCAGCUCGGAUUAGCUACGCCACAACUUACCAACGACAAGAGCUUCGAGCGCGCCUCUUACGGAUUCGCCGUCUUCUCGAUCAUUCUACCGCUCGCUGCUAUUGUUUACAUGAUUGUCUUAUCAGUCAUCAUGGUCAUUUACAAUGUGACUACCACGCUGCUGCAUGUUCGAAGCAUCAAUAUGGCUCAGCAGACACCAUCGAGUGACAGGCCGAGCACAACCUCUGCCUGA